CUUCAGCCUCAAGAGCGCCACAAUGAAACUGAAGGAGGGCUCGUUUCUGUGGUACCUCUAUCUGGACAAGCUAUACUGCCUGUUAUCCGUGAGGAACGUGAAGAUCUUGGUGGAAUAUUUUCACCUUCUUGACGUGCAUCGCAACAACACCUUGAAUGAUGUGCUGUUUUACCACUUCCUUCAUCACGUGACGAACUGGAAACGGCCACAGAUCAUGAUCGUGUUUAACAUGCUGGACUGGAAUGCGAUGGGCGAGAUCGGUUUUGACCAGUUCUACAUGUUGGUCUGCAUACUGCUGGCCCAGCAGAACCACCUGGAAGAGCAAUUUAUCUUCCGCCAUUCCCGGCCUGUUUUUGAGCUGCUGGAUCUGGACGGGCAGCUGAGAAUCGGCCCAGAAAACUUCCACAUGUACAACUUUCUCUUCAAUAUUAGCAAACAGGAACUCAAAGAGCUCUACCACGACUUUGACAUCACAGGUGACCGUCGUCUUAAUUACAAGGAAUUUAAGCUGUUUACUAUCUUCACCAUGGACAAAUACCAGGAGAGGCAGAAAGCAGAGAAAGAGGAAGAGAAAAAGAAAAAGAAAGGGAAAAAGGCUCCGCUCACAAGGAAAAUGUCAUCUCAAGUUAAUGUGAGCCCCAGUCUUCUUUGAAUAAAUAAAUGGAUCUGAAAGUAGAAUA